AUGCUUCUUCUUCCCACAUUUGCACUUGUGCUUGCCGGCUUCUCGUCCGCCGUGCGCAUUGAUCUAAGCCGGGAUGCCAAGGGUGAACCUUCCUUCGAGGCGGAAUUGGAGCACCUUCAUCACAAGUACUACGCUCUUUCAAAGCUCCAUCAUAACAAGACCGGCGAGCACUUGAACGUCAUCAACUUGGACCUUUUUAACAAGCAAAAGCGUGCUCAUGGCAAGACUCAUCUCCGUAAAGCCAAGGCUUGGUCCGGCCACAUUGAAGUUGGCUUUCCACCCCAGAAGACGACUGCUGUGUUCGACACGGGCUCGGCAGACUUGGUCUUCGACAAGUCCGACUACAACCCGAAAAAGUCCCUUACGUCCAAGAAUCUGCAUAAGACCUUUGACUUUGACUACUACGACCGCCAUGUCGAAGGCGAUCUCUACGCGGACAGGGUCGCUAUUGGUGGUGUCAAAGCUUGGAAUGUCGCUGUGGGACAUGGUAAGGAUGACUAUAAUAAGGACGUAUGUGGUGCUACCUUUGGCCUGUCUUUCAGCACUACCACGAGGAGCUUCUUUGACGUGGAGCAGGAUGCGUUCAUUUGGGCCGCAAAGAAGCAGCACCUCAUUCAGUCCAGCACGUAUCAAUUCACGCUUCGUCCCAACGGCAAGGCCAGUCUCAACGUCGGCAAUGUCGACUUUUCCGAGCUGAACAGUCUCAUUCACUGGUCGAACAAGAAUACGGACAAGACGUUCUGGAGGGCUGACGUCAAACUCAAUGGUCACGCUAUCAAGAACGCUAUUCUCGACACCGGUACGAGCAUUAUCACGGGUCCCAACGAAGAAGUCGGCAAAUUCUUGAAAAAGCUGGAUGGUAUCAAGGUUGAGCAGGGUGAUGAUGGUCUUUACCACGGCACCUAUGACUGCAAGAACCCUCCGAGAAUGGAAUUCGAAGUCUUUGGAAAGAAGUUGGUCUUCCCUGAGGCAGCUAUGCAGCAGGGAUAUGUCGGUGACACUUGCACAUUCGCCAUGGUGGGCUCGAAGGUCAUCAAUGACUGGAUCCUAGGAUCGCCCUUCUUCGAGAUUGGCUCGUUCAUCUUGAACUACGACCUCCGCCACAUGGGUGUCGCUCAGUUCACCUAA